UUUAUUUAUUUUCCUUCAAUGUUGAUAUUAAAAAUGAUUAAUUUAAUUGUUUCCGAUUCUCCUCCUUAACUGUUGAUUACAAUUUACUAAAUAUGGAGACAGUUUAUUCAUUCAUUUGACAUUAACUUUGGAAUUUUAAACAAAACAAUUACGAAUUAAAUGUGACCUCAAAUUGAAUUGAAAAUCUAAACCAAAUUUUCUGUAUUAUCAUCAUUAUAUUUUUUUCUUCCUUAUCUUUGGUGUAUUUUUUUUCUCUCUCUCUCUCUUUCUCUUACUAUUAUUUACUUUCUUUUUUUUCUCUCUCUUUUUUUCAAUUAUCUUUUCUUACAUUUUAUCAUCUUUUCCUCUUACUUUUUACAAACCAAAUCUUGUGUUUCCUUUAAACAAAAAUUUCGUUCGUUAAUUUCUGUUGUGUCUCACCUUCCUUUAGGUUCUCACAUUGAUUUAUCUUUCUCUAAAUGGAAACAAGGAACCUGAUGCAAGCCACAUUCAAUAGACUCCCCACCAAGCUUAAAGAGCAGUGUGAAAAUUGUCUAUUCAAUGAUGUUGUCGGUCAUGGUAAAAAAGCCGAGGAGAUCCUAUGGACUCGAGUUUUUCAUGAACCCAUGCAAGUUUACAAGCGUCUAAAAGGAUCAGCAUCAAGUUCAGAUAUAAUAUCUCUUCAAGUUCACUUUGUCUCUGGUGUGGGCUUCUAUUAUGGUUUAUUGCGUAAAAUAUCCGCCGAGUAUUCAAUUAACUUUGGUUCGGUUUUAGGAGAAUUAAAUCAAAAUCUUAAAUACAGUGAAUCAAUCAAAAAUGAAAGAAAACGCAAUAUAACCUCACAAGAAAAAGAAGCCAUUCGUUCAGUUACCCAUGGAAUUUUUAUCCAUCUUGGUGAUAUUUUCCGUUACCUCGAUAAUCUUGGUUACCCUGAAAGUAAAUCAAUGGCCAUUAAAUGGUACAACUUUGCCAUUCUCUUUGAACCAACCAUUGGGAUGCCAUAUAAUCAGUUGGGCACAUUGUCAUCGAGUUAUAAUUAUGGUUUCGACUCAGCUUAUUACUACAUGCGAUGUCUCAUGAGUGAAAAACCUUUUGAUGGAGCUGAAGGUAAUCUUAGAAGAAUCUUGAUGUCAUCUCCUAGAUUUCUCGCCGAUGAGAUGAAUAAAAAUCUAACAAUCGAUUCAUUGGAUGAAAAUGGAGCUCAUAUUGUUAAAAAAUGUAUCAUUCAACUUCUUGUGGUGGCAAAUGAAAUUUUCAACCAUGGAAAUAGUAAAUCAGAUAUGGAUGUUGCCAAUUCUAUCCAAGAGUUUCUUACAACCCUGACCAUUGCUCUUAACUUGUCACCAAAAACCCGAACUCCUCACAGACCAACUUAUCUUGAUCCAACUCUCAUCUUUGAAAUGGGAACCAUGUCAUUAAUGUUUAUCACUUAUCUACGAGCCAAUGGAAUAGGAAGUGGAAUUUACUAUUCAGCUAGUGUCGCCUUAGCUUUGAAUUUCCUUCUGUUAAAUGUUAACGCGUUUCUACUUCGAUUCAAGGAUAAAAUUGACAAGCUCAAUAUGCCCCAGAAAACCAAUUCAACCCUAAAUAAUACCACUAAUGGCUCUGGAUUAGGAGCUCCAUCAUCAUCGAAAGAAAAUUCUCCCGAGUUUUCACCUCGUCGAACCUUAUCCCGACUUCGUAGGCGUAAAGCAGCCAUAACAUACGAAAACAUUGAUUCUUAUUUAUUAGAUUUCGAUGAAGAUGAUUCAGAAUUAAGUGAACUGGAAGAAACCGCUUUAAGUACUAUCGAUGCCCUUGAAAUUAGCUCAGAUAUAAGUGAAUCUGGGAGUGUUUGUGAUGAAGAAGAGUACACAUUGAAGAGCAGUGAUGACGAAGAUAGUCAAACAGCUCGUUCUAACCUUAAUGAACAAUCAAAUUUAAAUACAAAUGCCAAUGUUGAAGAGAUUCUUCGUUAUCUUUUCUGCGAAACCAGUUUACCAACAAUUAAAACACUUUGUGAUUGGCUUCGAGUUGAUCAAAAACUGGUAGCUUUCAGUGCCGAAUCAAUAAAUGGACUUUUCUCCCAAUUUGCUGAGAUGUUGAACAUUUUGAAAGACGUUGAAAUCAAAGCUCUUGCCUUUAAUACCAAAUUGGAGCGUCUUAAAUAUACUGAUCACAAUUGGGUUCAAAAAUAUCCACUCUCAUCAGAUAUGAAUCUUUUAAAGUUCAAAUUAUUGGAUAAAUUUCAUUCUUCAUCAAUUUUUGUUGACAAAUAUUGUGACACUUUAAAUGCCGAGGAAAUGGGUUUCCUAACACUUGAAUGUAUCAUUAGUUUUGGUCAUUUUCUAACCAAUAAUAUGAACAAAAGUCAAUUAUCUUAUGACGUUGCCACUAGAAGCUUCAAAUAUGAUGAAUUAACAUUCAACGAGGUGAAAAAUAUUAAAUUACCUCGAAAUUUAUCAUCAACCGCAAAUGGUACCAAUGGUGUUAAAAGUUAUUCCCGAAAAAUGGAUUCUAUCUCUCAGGAAGAUGAUUUUCUAUUAACAAAUAACAGUAAAUCAAAGUGGAAUAAUUUUGAAGGAAAUGAUAUGAAUUCGUCACAAGGAAAUGAUUUAAUUAAACAGAAACAAGUUAUGAGAAACAUGGCUCAUCUUUGGUUGAAAUCUGAAGUGAGUUUCUUGGAAAAAGCGGUCAAAGGGAAAGAUUCAACUUUGCCUCCUUAUGUUAUCAUCCAUGUUAGUGCUUAUCUCUAUCAACUGACCGCUGUCCGUGAUUUGAUCUUCUCUAAACGAUUCUUUGUUGUGGUUCCUAAGAUCGUUUUGCAAGAUCUUGACCAUCACAAGAAAAUAUGUCCAGCCGCACGUGAAGCUAUUCGAUUGAUUGAAAAUGAGGCUCAAAAAGGUCGUUUUAUAAAAUUUCUAAAUGAUCGUGAUCGCAGUUCUUUAGCUCCACUUAAAUAUCCACGACGACGAGAUCGUGAAGCAUUUGAUUUCUUCAUCUUCUUGGAGUAUUGUAACUUCCUUCAUAAACAGAAAAGCAAUUCUAAUUCAUCGACAACCACAACAACAACAACCACAACCACAACAACGACAACAACCCUCGCCAAUGAGAAUCGAACCUCUGUACCCAUGGUAAUCGCUCUUUACGGUAACAAUGCCAAGCUACCAGCAAAUGCCGAUGUUCUGGCUCGUAGCACUGGUAUUACGAUGGAAAAAAUUGACGUGUUUAACUCUAAAUGGCGAAACUCACGAAAAACUCGUACUUGAAAUUUGGACCAUGGACACUGAUUCAAUAUAAACCAAAAUUGCAAGACUAAAAAAACUGAUUAGGUCCAGAAACAAAAGGGAUUAACUCUGCCAACCCAUGAAGGAAUGACUGAAUUCCGGGUUCCAGUUAUGAACUGAAUAACUUGACCCAUCUGAUUGGCUGUGAUCCAUUCAUUUGGUCAAACAAGACCUAAAAAACAACAACAACAACAACAACUACAGCAACAAUUACAACCACAAAUACAACAAAGUAAAAAAAUCGAAACAAACAAAAAAAACAAUAACUUCUUCCGUAGGUUCUUGGGAUCUCGAUUAAUUUGACUGAUAUAAUGUCUUUAAUUUUAGAGGAAUUAUCAUCCAUUCACCUCAUUAACCAAAUCAAAUCAAACCAUUAAAUCAACAAUCAACACAGAAAAUCAAUUGAAAACGUUACUCCCUCAGCGUGUGCGUGUUUAUUUGUUUACGAGUUAUCGUUGAUCAUUAAAUGGUUUUUCAAUUUAAUUAUUGGGGACUACAAAUUGGAUGAAAAUUUAAACUACAAAAUCAAAUCAACUUUAACCAAAAAAAGACUCAGCAAAGAUUGACCAAUCCUAGGAAAAAGAUGAAUGAACUUAGAGUUGUAAAGUAACAAUUUGAAUUAAUGGUGACAAAUCUAAAUUAUGGAAACAACAAUCAGCGAUCAAAUCAAUUAUCAAAACAAAAUCUUAAACGUGUUAAUUUGCUGAUAAAUAGCCGAUAAUGUAAACAAUCAAUGCAGAGAUUGUAAUGAUCGGGCUAAUUAAGCCUUCCACUGAUUCAGUUGUUAUCGAAACAAAAGGAAACCCCCUAUAUUAAUUAAUUGGGUUAAUAUUUAAUUGCGAAGAUGUUUAAUUGUCUUUGUCUUUCUUUAUCUCUCUUUCACUUUCUAUUUGCUUAUUGAUUUUUCUUUCUUCAUAUAUAAUCUGAAUGUUUGAUUGGUUGAUUAGACCAUAAACCGAACAAGAAAUCAGCUAAUUGUUGUUUAAUCAUUCAACUUGUUGAUUUUUAACCUUGUUUUCCUUUUUCAAUCACAUCCCAUCUUUAAUUUACAAUGUGUUUCAAUUUAAUUCACCUUAUUAAUAAACACCAUUAAUCAUUUAAA